AUGGCUUUCUCUCAGGUCGUCAGCGCACUCGACAGUCUCAAAGAUCAAGCAAAAGACGCUAUCUGGGCCCUUUCUUCAUGUCUCUGCCAGCAAUCAGCCAAAGUAAAAAUUAAUGGCCGAACGUUUAAUAUCAUAAAAGUCCUCGGCGAAGGUGGAUUCUCCUUUGUGUAUCUAGCACAAGACGAAAUUAGUGGGCGGCAAUUCGCUCUCAAAAAGAUAAGAUGUCCUACUGGAUCGGAGGGCGUGAAGGAGGCUAUGCGGGAGGUAGAGGCAUACAGACGUUUCAAACAUCGAAACAUCAUCCGGAUACUUGACUCUGCUGUCGUUCAAGAUCCCGAAGGCGAAGGCAAGAUUGUCUACCUCUUCCUGCCGUUGUAUCAGCGCGGGAACCUUCAAGAUGCUAUCAACCUCAACGUAGUGAAUGGGAAGCACUUUCCCGAGCAAGAUAUGAUUCGGCUGUUCAAGGGGACAUGCGAAGCCGUGCGCGCUAUGCAUGAUUACCACACAACUACUGGCUCCUCUUCCGCUCAACCUCAGCCUUCCUCAUCAAGUUUAUCUUCGCGCGUGGAGGAGAACCACUCUGACGGAGAAGAUGAGCUUUUCCCGCAACCGGAAGGCGACAGUGAGGGUGGCUACUCUUACGAUAAGUCUGUAAACAUGCCCCUGAUGACAAAACACCGUAUCGAGGGGGAUGGGGAUGUGAUAUUCGACGGUGACGAGGAAGUAUCUGCAAUUCAAACCGCUCAAAAUGCCAAUGUGUUUCAGGGAAAGAGCGAACACGUUCCAUAUGCCCACCGGGACUUGAAACCUGGGAACAUCAUGAUCGCGGACGAUGGAGUCACACCCAUACUGAUGGACUUUGGGAGUACUAUAAAAGCAAGAAUAAAGAUAGAUAGCCGAUCACUGGCGCUUCUACAGCAGGAUAUUGCCGCGGAACAAAGCACCAUGGCAUACCGCGCUCCAGAACUUUUCGAUGUGAAAACGGGCGUUACUCUUGACGAGAAAGUUGAUAUAUGGUCACUUGGAUGCACGCUCUUCGCUCUUGCAUACUCACACUCGCCAUUUGAAAACAUCCAAACGACGGAGCAAGGUGGCUCUAUUGCGAUGGCUGUACUGAACGCUCAGUAUAAACACCCGAACUCCGCGUAUUCACAAGGGUUGAAGGACUUGAUUGAUAGUAUGCUGAAAGUUAACUCUAAAGACAGACCGAAUAUUCAUCAGGUCAUCACAAUGACCGACAGAGUACUACAGUCGCUGUUGUAGAGCACUAUACUAUACCUCCAUGACUGGGACUGUGUUCCUUUACUUGUUUAUUUAGCAGCUCUAUGCAUAUCUAACGGGAUUAUUGUGACGUGGACUGAUCGAUACAUAUUGCCUGCCUACUCAAGAAGCCCUAGCUGUUGUCCGUUCUUUUUGACGAGGCGUCUUCGGUUUUCUGAGAGGUUUCUCCUGCGACCGUUUUGGAGAUUGCGGUGGAGC